AUGGGCAAUCAAACAGGUGUCUUGGAUUUUCUCCUUUUGGGUCUAUCUGACCAACCAGAACAGCAACAAUUCCUCUUCAGACUGUUUCUGGUAAUGUACUUCAUUGGGAUACUGGGAAACCUGCUCACCAUCUUGGCGAUUUGUUUUGAUUCCCACCUCCAUACCCCUAUGUACUUCUUUCUUUCCAACCUAUCUUUUCUUGAUCUCUGUUUUACCUCCACCACAGUUCCUAAGAUGCUGGUGAAUUACGUCUUAGGGAAUAAUGCCAUCUCUUAUCCAGAAUGCCUGACUCAAAUGUAUUUCUAUGUUGCUUUUGGUGGCUCAGACAGCAUCCUCCUCUCUGUCAUGGCCUAUGACCGCUAUCUGGCUGUUUGUCACCCUUUACACUACGGCACAGUCAUGACGUCACACCUUUGUGCCCUGUUGGUGGCUGUGCCUUGGGUUUCCGCUCACCUCAUUGCAAUGGUUCAUAGUAUAUUUAUAGACCGUCUAUCCUUCUGUAUGAAUAAUAAAAUCCCUCACUUCUUCUGUGACAUAAAUGCCUUGAUAAAACUCUCAUGUUCUGAUGCCCAUGUCAGUGAAAUGUUGGUUCUUCUAUUGGGGGGACCAGUAAUGUUCAUUUCCUUCAUAUGUAUUGUUGUCUCUUACACUCCUAUUAUCCUUGCUGUGUGGAAGGUCUCAUCAACUCAUGGGAAAUGGAAAGCCUUCUCUACUUGUGGCUCCCACUUGUCUGUGGUCUGUCUUUUUUAUGGCACCAUCAUUGGUGUGUAUUUCAACCCCACAUCCACUCACACAGCCCAGAACGACAUGGUAGCAAUUGUGAUGUAUACAGUGGUUGCUCCUACCCUGAACCCUUUUAUCUAUAGCCUUAGGAAUAAUGAAUUGAAAGGAGCCCUGGGGAAGCUUCUUGGCUUGCAGUUCUUAAGUACAGAGCAGAAAGGCAUAGUAGUGUUGGUUGGUUUAAUUACAAUUCAAGAACAAGAGCUGGAAGGCAAAGGGAUCAGCAAAUGUUAUAUGUGCUGGGGCAGUGAAGAUGACAGGGGCUGUGAGGGCACCUGUUCCAAACUUCAGGGCUUGCUUGCUGCUGUUUUCAGAGCAAGCUCUGAAGCUCUGCUGAGAGCUCCUGAACCUGCUGCUGUCACCACUGCACCCAUCCCCAUGCUGACACCUACCCUGUGUGGCCUGCACUCCUAG